UGCGCUUCGUUUUGUUAUUCUUGGUGGCGCGGGUGAGAUCUGGGUCUGGGGGUCGGGCUGCUCGGGUGGAGGCGCGUGCGUAGGUUAGGAGGAAGAGGAGGACGAAGAGGGCAAAGUCCCGCGUAACGUAGGUCGAAGGAGGAGCUGGUGGGUACACUAUGGCUCACAGGCUGCUGGUACGAAGGAUCUGGACACUGUCUACUAAAGAUCUCUGCCGCCUCCCAGCAUCCACCACUGUCACCACCUCCUCUUUCUCAAGCUCCCUGCGGUCGGACGAUCGGGCCUCCUUCCUCUUCGCCUCACGCGUUCUGCCUCGCUCGCUGCCUCACACCUCACGCCGAGACGCCUCCUUCAACGUUCAGGACCAGGAGGACUUCACAGAGAGGGUCAUCAACAGCGAGCUGCCGGUGCUGGUCGACUUCCACGCACAGUGGUGUGGUCCCUGUAAGAUCCUCGGGCCGAGGUUGGAGAAGGCUGUAGCCAAGCAGAAGGGCCGUGUGGCCAUGGCCAAAGUGGACAUCGAUGAUCACACUGACCUGGCUAUUGAAUACGGGGUGUCCGCAGUGCCCACAGUCAUCGCCAUGCGGGGAGGAGACGUUGUCGACCAGUUUGUGGGGGUCAAAGAUGAUGAUGAGCUGGACUCAUUUGUGAGCAAAGUCAUUGGACAAUAAAGCAGACGUUCAGCAUUCUUCUGGUGCCGUCUGUAUGAUUCUGGUAUGGUCGGCAGCCAUUAGCCACCAUUUUGAGCCUGUUUAGCAGCUGCCAGUAAACAAUCAAGCUGCAGUUCCAGCUGGCACACGGUCAAAUGCUCACACCCAUUCCUAGACGCAGUGCUUGUGUCUCACUCUGGUUUCUUUGUCUAGUGAUGGGUGUGUGCCUCACACUAGUUCACGCUGUGCUGCAUCUCUCUGCAGUUUCACUUCUCUCUCUCUAAUACUGUGACGGCUCCAUUCACAGUUGAGCCAGUGUGUAAGAAUGGAAACUACACAACUGUACUGCACUUACACUGUUUAAUAUGAGGAAUGAACAUUUAUACUUAUAGCAAUGUACAAAAUCCAACUUAAAGCUGUCAGAGGUCUGUAGUUCCUGCUUUUGUCCUUCAGGUGGCGGCGUUUCUCUGCACAGAUAUUGUCAGAACUGUGAGACAGGAAGAGAACUUUUUAUGUGUUUGUUUCUGUGUGUGUCUGUUUCCUGACUGUGGAACCUGAGUUGAGCAGGAAAGGUUUGAUUCACUUUGUCACAGAAAUGAACCCUAUAUACAGAAAAGAAGAUGUAAUAAAGAAACCAGAUGUUCUGCAUUUGAA